CCAUGCCUCCCCUUGCGUGCUCUCUCGUGGUCUCGUCCGGUGCUGCCUCGCGGGCGGCGGGGGAGGAGCUCGGAAUGCGUCGGAGGAAGCGGCCUCCGUGGGGGGGCCUUGGUCUCGGUGCCGGUGUGGUACGGGCCGCGCGGGUGGAGCAGCCAUUCGUUUUCUGGCGGUCUACAGCGCUUCUCCCUGGCCUGAGCGGAGCAGGGAAGAGCGCUCACCUGCCCACCGAGGUGAGCCGCUGUGUGCACCACAGGUGUUUGAGAGAGGCAAGGCGUAAAUGGAAGAGAGAGAGAUGCGAACUGCUGGAGAGGAGGGGAGAGCAGUCGGACCGGUACUGGGCUUCGCCUAGUGGGCCCGUGCCUGCCCGGAUCAGGGAGCGCCAGGUGCAUUUGAAAAAGUGAAACUGCUGACUUGUUACAGAAAAUCCUAGUACAAAUUGCCCAUCACUAUUGCAGGAGCUGUCUGAUGCUGCCCAUCUCUAUGUCAGAUGAUAAUCAUUGACCCGCACCGCAUGUCCUUCGGAUGCAGGGGCUCCUGCUUACUGUGGCCCCGUGGCACCUGCCCUCUCCCGACGGGGACGCAUAGGCACGGUGCCUCCCUGUCACGGGCUAUGGGUCGGGUGUCACGCUCGGCAGUCGCGCCGCAGGUGCUCGGUUGUGGCGAGACCAGAGACUGUUCUGUGCCCGGUGCUCCGAGGGCAGCAGGGUGGGCUGCCCGAACUGCCACGAUGUUAAUUUCCGCUUGACUCUGCUCAUAGUAAGUCUUGGCUCAGUUUUGGUGUCGCACUUCUCCCAUUCAGGGUAGGAAAUGUGUAGGACUAUGAAAGUGACCGUGGAGUGCCUCCUGAGGAACGAGAGACAGACGGGAGAUCUGUACAAAGAGUAAAUGGUUGUUUUGGGUAACAGCUUCUGGAUCUGCCGACUGUAUUUACAGUGUCAUUUUUACUGCAGGCAGCAUAUUUUCAGCAUGAACAGUGACAUUGAAGACAUGAGUGGAACACUACCAGUACUGCCACAAUUGCUUAGAAUUUAUUUAUAAAUAUUCAUAUUUAUACUAUUAAAUUUAUAUUUUCAACAAAAUUUAGCUGUAAAAUUUAAAAUAAAAGAGGAAAGUACAGUGUCCUGCUGACCACAGGAUGGAUGCUGACCUGCUGGAUUCAAUGCAAGUGAUGGGCAUGGCACCCACCAUGCCCCUGCAUGCAGUAAGAGCUUCUGUGAUAGGCGUUACAAGUAGUGGAAAUAAAUUUCUCCUUAAAUGUUAAGAAUUGUGUGAUAGUUUCAGGUGGUUAGGCUGAGCAAAGGUUCAAAAGACCUUUAUUGUUUGUGGGCACAGCCAAGUUUGUUGUGCCCUGCAUAAAAGUAAGACAAGACCUAGAUCAGGUUUAGAAUUGGAUGUGGCUUCAUCCCGAUGCAAUCUGCCUUUUCUAGUGGAGAGCAUCCUCUAUGCCUUUGCCAGCUGGAAGCCCAUUGAGCUUUCGUUGGCCAACAGCCUUUGAAGUAAUUAAACAAUUCUGCCUCCAAAGCAUUUUUGUCUGAGCCAAAUUAUAGGCAUUAGGAUAGCAGCAAUGUUGGCUUUACCAGCCAGGACUAAAAUUAAGUUGCAUGAUUUAUUUUACAGCUUGUUUGGGUGCUGGCAAAUAGUGCCAGAUAUGUGCACAGAAUCCCUGAGUUGUGCUUAUGAGAGAUGAAAAACUAGAGGAGAGAAUGACUGGAAGGUAGAAGUGUGUUACUUUUGCUUCAUCACCGCGGAGGGCUUUUUCUUAAUGUGGUAUUGUCACCCUGCUGGGAAGAGGAAGGACAUUCUGUGAACUCUAUAGUUACAAAAUUUCUUUUUAAAUUAAAACAUCUUUAAAAUUCUCUUGCAGAAAAGGAGACUGGCUUAUGAAAAAACAUAAGCUGCCAAGAAGUGUGAUUUCAGUUGUAAAAUACAUCAGGAAGGUUCACUUCAUCACCAGGUCAAAAUGCAUUCCAGGUGAAGAUCACUGCUCCUGAUGAACAGUUCACUCGUGUUGGUGUGCAAGUAUUAGACAGGAAAGAUGGUUCGUUCCUUGUGAGAUACAAGAUGUAUGCAAGCUACAAAAACCUGAAGAUAGAAGUCAAAACUGGACAGAAACAUGUUGCAAAGUCUCCAUAUAUCUUAGAAGGACCUAUUUACCAUGAAAACUGUGACUGCCCUCAGGAGGAGAGCAGUGCCUGGCUGGAAGUGAUGAACUGCCCUCAAAUCAUUCCACAGAUUCAAAGAGACCUAGCAAAUUUUCCCAUUGUUGAUCCAGAUAAGAUUUCAAAAGAGAUUCCACAGAGGUUUGGACAAAGACAGAGUUUGUGUCAUUACACCAUCAAAGAUAAUGAGGUUUAUAUAAAGACAUAUGGGGAACAUGUUGGCUUCAGAAUUUUUAUGGAUGCCAUACUGCUUUCUUUGACAAGAAAAGUGAAAAUGCCAGAUGCAGAAUUUUUUGUUAAUUUGGGAGAUUGGCCUCUGGAGAAAAAGAAGUCCCCAGAGAACCUGCACCCCAUCUUCUCAUGGUGUGGUUCCAGUGAGUCAAAAGACAUUGUCAUGCCAACAUAUGACUUAACAGACUCAGUUUUGGAGACUAUGGGACGAGUCAGUCUGGAUAUGAUGUCAGUUCAAGCAAAUACUGGCCCAUCAUGGGAAGACAAGAAUACCACAGCAUUCUGGAGAGGACGUGACAGCCGCAAAGAGAGGCUUGAACUUGUAAAACUCAGCAGAAAAUAUCCAGAGAUCAUAGAUGCUGCUUUCACAAACUUUUUUUUUUUUAAACAUGAUGAAAGUCUCUACGGCCCCAUUGUCAAGCACAUUUCAUUUUUUGACUUUUUUAAGUAUAAAUAUCAAAUUAAUAUUGAUGGCACAGUGGCAGCAUACAGAUUGCCCUAUCUACUAGCAGGAAACAGUGUGGUGCUAAAGCAAGACUCCAUCUACUAUGAGCACUUUUAUAAUGAGCUGCAACCAUGGAAACAUUAUAUUCCAUUUAAAAGUGACCUGAGUGAUCUACUAGAAAAACUACAGUGGGCAAAAGAGCAUGAUGAAGAGGCAAAAAACAUUGCAAAAGCUGGACAAGAAUUUGCAAGAAACAAUCUCAUGGGAGACCAUAUUUUUUGUUACUAUUUCAAACUUUUCCAGGAAUAUGCUCGCUUGCAAGUGAGUGAACCAAAAAUCAGAGAGGGGAUGGAGAAAGUACAGCAGCCUGAUGAUGACCUUUUCCCAUGCACUUGUCACAGAAAAAAGGCCAAAGAUGAACUCUGACAGAGAGAAAGUAAUUUUGGAAUACUUAACCUACAUUCAUACUGUUGUCUUAAGGACAGACAAAAAGUUUUGAAGUAUCAGUGGACAGUGCCAAUGAAUAUUACGAAGUUUACUGUAUCAUGAUCAUCAUAUAGAAGAAAACCAGUGGUUAUAGAGCUUUGUUAAAAAAACAUUUUUGUAACUUUUUUUAUUUUAAUAAAAUCCAUGUUUGUAUCA